AUGGCCAUAUAUUGUUCAUUAUUUGUUUUAUUUUUAUUUAUUAUUGGCACAUUUGGUAAUUUAUUAUCUAUUGCCGUAUUUCUUCGUCAUAAAUUUCGUUCACGUUUAAUCACACCAGUUUUUAUUGUUCUACUAAUAACAGAUUCUAUUUAUUUUACUCUUCGUUUAAUUAAAUUAAUUUAUUAUAAUCCAGCAUUGUUCAUAAAAUAUUUAGGUAAAUCGUGUACAUUUCCAAUUAUUAUUAAUAUAUUUUAUUUUAUUUCUCAUAAAUUUCAUGUUCUAUUUAGUCCACUUGUUCAUUAUGAAACUUAUAUACGUUUUUCAUUAAUUUUAAUGGCAUUUGUUAGUAUACAACGUUGUAUACAUAUAAAAAAAACAAAAAUAAUAAUUAAUUCAAAUAAAUGGUCAUACAUAUUUAUAGUACUUGCUUUUAUACUUACAUAUUUAUUUGAAUUUUUUGGUUUAACAAUAUUUUGUUCAAAAAAGAAUAAUCGUCUUUUAUUAUUUAAUUGGUUUAGAUAUACUGUUCAACAUUUACAUAAUUAUACGAGAUUAUUGACAAUGCAAAUGAUUAAUAAUACAAAUGAUUAUGAAUGUAUUCAACAAUAUAUUGGACAUAUUCGUUCAAAUUCAACAGUCUCUUGUACCAAAGAACAACUAUUGAAUAUAUUAGGUAAUAUGAAUGAUCUUGUGUUUGUUAAUAUAGCAUCACUAAACCAAUUUUUAACAAUAGUACAUGUAUUAUUGUUCGAGACUGUUAUAAAAUAA